AUGAGGGGCAAGUCCAACGGUGGUGGCGCCAGCCAGCUCGGCUUCCUGUUCGGCGACGACGAGGGCCCCGCGCCGCAGGGCAACAACCACCAGCGCGUCGACGGCCAGAACAACGGCAACUUCAUCUCGGACCGCCCGUCGUCCCGCGUCAUCGCGCCCCCCGGCGGCCGCGGCGACAACAACAUUUUCGGCCGCGGCGAGGAGCCCCUCCAGGAGCUCAAGCGCAUGACGCCGCGCGACCUCCGCGUGGAGCUCCGCUCGCGCGGCCUCAACCCCGCGGGCUGCAAGGACUCGAUGGUGGAGCGCCUCGCCAACAACUACGACCUGCCCAAGUCGAACGCGGACUGCGAGGCCGCGGCGGCCGCCGCGUCGGGCCUGGCGAUGCCGGGCGAGAGCGCCAUCAACGGCCCCGGGAACAACUACGCGCGGCCGAACGGGCAGAACGUGGGCAACUUCGUGACCGACCGCCCGAGCUCCCGCGUACUCGCGCCCCCGGGCGGCGGCAGCAGCCUCAACCUGUUCGCGUAG